CGACUGAGGUACUGCCUUCCGAAUCUCGUCCCACGCUAUAUCACACCAAUUGGACCUUGCACCCAGAUACACUCAUACACUCCAUGAAACACAAAAGCUUGAGCAGCCGGCUAGAACCACCUCAUGUCAUGAUCUUGGUCAUGUUGUCAAAAAGAAGGCCGUCCUGCAAGCAAGAUCCUCGAUGGUCUAACGGUCAUGAUUUCCGCUUGUCAAUCCCAGCCGGGAACAAGCGCGGGAGACCUGGGUUCGACUCCCAGUCGGGGAGAUCUUUCUUUUGUCUUUUUGUCUGUCUGCUGGCGGCUGGUGGGCUGACGCUGGGAAUAUGUGUGAUGUCUGUCAUUCACAUCGCAAUGUGCUUGUCAUGGUCUGAAUGGCUUGUACGUGGUGUGAUACCGCCGUCGAAUUGCUUUCUUCAAUGGGCUCAAAUGUCCAGACCGCGGUGUAUGCCCUGGUAAUACAUCUUGUCGGCGUUUGUCUGGAAAAUGACGACCUAAGCUGAUGUUCGAUCCGGCCACAAAGACAUAUGUGCCUGGAAUGCUCCUCCUGCCAUGGAAAAAGAAAUAAAAUGGAGAUUCUUGCUUACACAUGGUGUUUUACGACUUGACCAGGCAAAGAGAGGAAUAUCUGGUGCUGUUCAUUGUCUUCUUCGUCCUCUUCAUGAGCAUAGAGUAGCUUGCAGCUUGGCUGUAGUGAUAUCCCAAUGGCAGUCUUUGAUAUACCUGGUGAAUGCC